CCAUUAAGGACACAAUAAACUAGGACUUACGAAGCAAUUAGCAUGCACGUAAUACCAAGAAGCUGGAGACUGUUUUUCAAUAUAAUUGUGAGAAAGAAAUCGAUCAAUGAGAUUAACAGUGAGGUAAAGUGUGUCUGGUACCAGCUUGUAUUCUUCAGAAACCUGAAAUUACAUGGUUAACACACUUAGAUACUGCUAUGGAUCAAAGAACCUAUGAUUCUUCUUGUAGUAGGACAAGAAGAAAAUAAACAUUUCCCAUUUUCUUCUGCUACCAAUCGUGGUGUCCUCAUAACUAGAUUUGAUAAAUAUUUGAAACCUUCUCUAUUGUUGUUUGCCUCUGCUUAACAACAAAGGCUUCUAGUAUUAGCAGAUGCUAUUUGCAUUGACAGUCUCUGGCCUUCAUCAAGUUUUGUUUUCUUUUUCAUUUUGGAAAAGAAAAAUGAAAUCUAAAUGAGUGGGUGACAGAUCCUGGUACAGCGGCAGAAGAUUUGAAGUGUCUUAUAUUAACAUGCUGUUAUUUUCAAUAUCUUUGAAGGAAUCAGAUGUUAUGUUUCUUGCUAUGCUGACUGCCUCCACCAGCCAAUCUAUCCAAAUCCCUCGCAUGCUUGUAGAUAUAUCCUGCUGCAACCUUUCCAUAUAAUUGAUUGAAGGUCUUUGAUUAAGCUGCAGAAGGAUAAAUUUGGCAAAAUAAGCAUCAAAUCUGCUGAACCUGAAAUCUAGGAGUCUUUCCUUCAUAAGACGAUAAGUGUUUGUCUUCAAAAUAGAAAAGAAAAACCAGUGUUAACAAUAGCCUAAAGCCGCCAAUAGCAGGAAGGCAAAAAGCUGCUAUCAUAACAUAACAGAUG